CCGAUCAUGUCAGUCGUGUUCGCGCCAUCGACGGUGUUCACUGUCCGCCUCAUGGUAUACUGCAACGUCGUGAAUCAAUAUUAUUAAAUACUAACUUAAUACUGUGUUUUAUUAAUAACACAGUUAAUAAAUUAUAACGAUCUCCGCUGAUCGGCAUCGGCCCAUAUAUCAACCUAAACACUGUACUGACGUUAAUUCAUAAUGUCAGCCAAAGCAAUAAGUGAAGCAACCGGAAAAGAUAUCAUAAACAGAAAUUUAGCCCCAUUAACAUCUGCUGUGAAAUGCCGGUUUGCUUCGGUUAAUGAAAACACUAAAUGGGAAGACCUCGUACUGGAUAACCCAUGGCUUAAAACUGAAAGCUUAGUUGCAAAACCUGAUCAGUUAAUAAAACGUCGUGGUAAAUUAGGCUUGAUUAAAGUAAAAACUAACUAUUCUGAAGCUAAACAGUGGAUUCUAGAGCGGUUGGGUAAAGACCAACAAAUUGGUCGUGCCAAUGGAAAACUGAAAAAUUUCAUCAUUGAACCGUUCAUUCCUCACAAAGAUGAAGAAGAAGCAUAUGUAUGUAUUUACUCUCAUCGCCACGCUGAUACAAUUCUCUUCCAUCAUGAAGGUGGUGUAGACAUUGGAGAUGUUGAUGCUAAAGCAUUAAAACUUGAAGUACCAAUUGGACAAAAUGUAACUGAGGAACAAAUCUUAGAAAAGCUAUUGACCAAAGUCAGCCCAGCCAAACAAAAAACUAUUGCAACAUUUAUAGUUGCUUUAUACAAAAUGUAUGUCAACCUUUACUUCACAUAUUUGGAAAUCAAUCCAUUGGUAGUAACAGAUAGUGCUAUAUACAUUUUGGAUUUGGCUGCAAAAGUUGAUUCUACUGCUGAUUUUAUUUGUCGUUCAUCUUGGGGUGAAAUUGAAUACCCACCACCAUUUGGACGAGAUGCCUUCCCAGAAGAAGCCUACAUUGCAGAUUUAGAUGCUAAAAGUGGAGCUUCUCUUAAAUUAACAAUCUUAAAUAAAAAAGGACGUAUCUGGACAAUGGUUGCUGGUGGUGGUGCCUCUGUUAUUUAUGCUGAUACCAUUUGUGAUUAUGGUGGUGCUAGCGAAUUGGCCAAUUAUGGAGAAUACAGUGGUGCUCCAUCAGAACAACAAACUUAUGAGUAUGCAAAAACAAUUUUGGGUUUGAUGACUCAAGAAAAACAUCCCGAUGGCAAAGUUUUAAUUACUGGAGGUGGUAUUGCCAAUUUCACCAAUGUAGCAGCAACAUUCAAAGGUAUCGUCACAGCUUUGACAGAAUACCAGACUAAAAUUUUAGAUCACAAUAUCACAAUAUACGUUCGUCGUGCUGGUCCCAACUAUCAAGAAGGUCUGAGAAUUAUAAGAGAAGUAGGAAAAACUUUACGUAUUCCCAUUUAUGUAUUUGGCCCAGAAACCCACAUGACAGCUAUUGUUGGGUAUGCUCUGGGUAAAAAACCAAUACCAAAAGAAACUGAACAAGAAUCUGUUACUGCCAAUUUCCUCUUACCUGGUGGACAGGACUCAAAUUCUGUGAAUGCAAAACAAGAAGUUGUUGAUGGAUCUAAAGGUGGUGCAACAAGUCCAAUAGUAACAUCAUCUGUACGACCUAAGUUAACUUUGACAGCCCCUUCUGUUAAGCCAUUAUUUGGAAGCAAUACUAGGGCUAUUGUUUGGGGAAUGCAAACUAGAGCUGUCCAGAGUAUGCUUGAUUUUGAUUUUGUUUGCCGAAGACAUGAACCGUCUGUUGCAUGUCUUGUAUAUCCAUUCACCGGUGAUCAUAAAUUGAAAUUUUACUGGGGACAUAAAGAAGUCUUAAUUCCUGUUUACAAAAGAAUGGAAGAUGCCAUGUUGAAGCAUCAAAAUGCCGAUGUCUUAGUAAACUUUGCAUCUUUAAGAUCUGCUUAUGACAGUACAAUUGAAACUCUUAAUUAUCCUCAAAUCAGAACUAUUGCUAUUAUUGCUGAAGGUAUUCCUGAAAAUAUGACAAGAAAAUUAAUAUUAUUGGCCAAUGAAAAGAAAGUUACAGUUAUCGGACCUGCCACUGUUGGUGGAUUAAAACCGGGUGGUUUUAAGAUUGGUAACACUGGUGGUAUGAUGGACAAUAUUUUACAUUCCAAAUUAUAUAGAGCAGGAAGUGUUGCAUAUGUCUCUCGGUCUGGUGGUAUGUCUAAUGAGUUAAAUAACAUAAUCUCAAGAACAACUGAUGGUGUAUACGAAGGUGUAGCUAUUGGUGGUGACCGUUAUCCAGGCACUACAUUUAUGGAUCACAUCAUGCGAUAUCAAGCAGACCCAGAAAUUAAAAUGAUUGUACUGUUGGGUGAAGUUGGAGGAGUUGAAGAAUAUGAGGUUUGCGAAGCCUUGACUCAAAAGAAAAUCACAAAACCACUUGUGGCCUGGUGUAUUGGAACUUGUGCCAGUAUGUUUACAUCUGAGGUUCAAUUUGGUCAUGCUGGUUCAUGUGCCAACUCUGAUCAAGAAACAGCUACUACCAAAAAUGCCAGCCUCCGUGAGGCUGGUGCAUUUGUACCAACUUCGUUUGACUUUUUGGGUGAUAUUAUUCAUGAUGUUUAUAAGAAAUUAGUGAAAGAAGGCGUUAUCAUUCCUCAAGCUGAAUUACCACCACCAACUGUUCCCAUGGACUACUCUUGGGCACGUGAACUUGGCCUUAUUCGUAAACCAGCUUCAUUUAUGACUAGUAUUUGUGAUGAACGUGGACAAGAGUUAUUGUAUGCUGGUAUGCCAAUUAGUGAUGUUCUUAAGGCAGAUAUGGGUAUUGGAGGAGUUAUAUCACUUUUGUGGUUCCAACGUUCUUUGCCGCCAUAUGUGUGCAAAUUCUUUGAAAUGUGUCUUAUGGUAACUGCUGAUCACGGACCAGCUGUAUCUGGUGCUCACAAUACUAUUGUCUGUGCAAGAGCUGGUAAAGAUCUAGUUUCAUCUCUGGUUUCUGGAUUAUUGACUAUUGGAGACAGAUUUGGUGGUGCUUUGGAUGGAGCUGCUAAACAAUUUACUGAAGCAUAUGACUCUGGUUUGAUUCCAAUGGAGUUUGUGAACCAAAUGCGUAAAAAGGGAUCACUCAUUAUGGGUAUUGGUCAUCGUGUAAAAUCGAUCAAUAAUCCAGACAUGAGAGUAAAGAUCAUAAAAGAAUUUGUUUUGGAAAACUUUCCAGCCACUCCAUUAUUGAACUAUGCUCUUGAAGUAGAAAAAAUCACUACAUCUAAAAAACCCAAUCUUAUAUUGAAUGUUGAUGGAUGUAUUGCUGUAUCAUUCUGUGACUUAUUGAGACAUAGUGGAAGUUUUACACGUGAAGAAGCCCAAGAGUAUAUUGAUAUGGGCUCAAUUAACAGUUUAUUUGUACUUGGAAGAAGUAUUGGAUUUAUUGGACAUUUUAUGGAUCAGAAGAGAUUAAAACAAGGGCUCUACCGUCAUCCAUGGGACGACAUUUCUUAUGUCUUACCAGAACAAUAUAACUAGGAGAUUUUUUUAAAUUUUGUUUUCUAUUUUAAUUGGUCGACAAGUGAACAAAUCCAUUUGCGCUAUAUAAACACCAAUAGAAGUUUUGGUUGCGCACAAUUUAUUACCUGAUAAGUCUACACACAAGCAUUUUAAAUAGCAUCUCAGUUUCAAUAUUUAAAACAGUUUUGCAUUUGAUUAGAUACCACUAGUAAUAAUUUUUACUCUGUACAUAAUAAUUACUAUUUAUUCAUUGGGUUUAUAUGUAAACCUGUACAAAAAUUGCAUACAUUUUUAAUGCACCGUCUUUAUUAUUUUUAUUUAUUUUUUUUUUUGGUCUUAAAAAAGAUUAUUUUAGAAAUUGUUUAAGAUAAAAUAAGUUUGUUAUUAUUGACUUGAUUAUGUAUUGACUUAAAUAAUGGUGAUAAUAUUCAAUUUUUAGAUUUUUAUUUUCAUAUUUUUAGUGUUAUUUCUGAUGUAAAUUCUCAAACCGGUCUGAAAUGUAUAAUAAAUUUCUCCAACUUCUUAGUUGGUAGAGGUAAUACAUUA